GAGUGUUUAGGUACUUUUGAGUCAUUUCGAACAAAAGAAGAAGAAACAUGGCAAAAGUAUCAUUUCGAGUGGAACUGCUAUUGGAGGCGAAAUUAUUUCUCAUUAUUUGCUUUUAUUUCUUCAUCUCUAUCUGAAAAGCAUGUCGGCUUUAGUGAUGCAAAUAUAUGUCUGAAAAGCACGACUGCUUUAGUGAUGAAGAGACAUUGAAGACAAGAAGUGAAUUUGAGAAAUAAGAGACGGAUGAUGUUGGUGGAAGGAUUCGAAGAAGGGCAAAAACAUCAUUUCAAAGGCGAGUGCUAUGCGGAGUCAAGGAUAAGGGCCGCUAGCUUUGUUUCAAAGGAAAGCUAAAUGGGUUGCAUAUAACUGGUGGCAUGUAACAUUUUGAUGGGGGCCUCUAUCAAUUCCCAUUCCUACACAAACCAGAGAUUCAGAGAGGAUUAGCUUUUAUUUCUUUUCCUCUCCCUGGAACUAAUGGAGGCUGCUUCUGUGAGAAUAGGUUGAUGAAGUUCUUGCUUAUUUUAUAGAAAUUGGAGAAUGAAUUACCGAAUUGAGAUACAGAGAACACAAACUCGUGGUUGAAUCACCUAUUUUGGAAGAAUAAAUGGGUAUGUGAUGUUCUGGGUUUACAAGUUAGGGUUUUGUUUGAUCUGGAUUUGGAAUUCAGAAGUUGAUGGUUUGAAAUGGUGAUGAUUGAAGAGAUGAUUCAGAUUAUGAGAAGGGUUUUGAUGUCCUUCUGGUUUCGUUAUGAGCAAGAUACAAGAUAAAGAUGAGUACGAGUGGUAUUUGAAAUCAGAUUGGAAUUAGAUUUGUUGUUGCCUGAGAAGAAACAGAAAUUAGGGUUUCUCUGGAGUAAAUGAGAUGAUUCUGAUAGUUAAGCUCAGGGAAGAAAUGUUUUUUUACAGGAUUUGGUUGUGUUGAAAUUCAUGGAAGAUUGAAGUGGUUUUGGAAGAUGUCGAUUUCCUGAUGGUUUCAGUUGAGGAACAAGGGCAGAAGAGAUGUAGUUGCUGCUUUUCGACUGGUGUUGGGAGCUGAUGCUGCUACAAUGGCUAGGCAGAGAGUUGGUGCUGCUUUUCGACUGGUGUUGAAAUCGAAGAAGAUUUCUCUCGUUGAGGUUUUGGGCUCAAUCCAAGACAUUAUUUCUUCCUACUUUCAAUUGAAGGAUGAAACGUCAGGUGGAUUUGGGUUUGGAGUGAGAAGUUCUCCUUCUCACUAUAAUAGUUCAUGAAAUGCUGGAUUCAUUGGAUGAUGCUUUUAAUCAACUCUCGGUUACCUCAUUGGAUACUUUCAGGAGUUUGAAGCGUAGCUUGUUUAGUAUUCUUGAUGUUUUAGAUGCAGAGACAUCUACAGAGAUGAAGUUAAUUCGUCAUUUACGUUUCCAACAUAUUAAUGAGUGCUCAAAAGACAAGUAUGAUGACAGGGAAGAAUCGACUGCAGCUAUGCGUAACUGGAUGGCAUCUUUAAGGAUGGUGCUUGGUAAACUAAAUGAUGCAAUAGAUGAUAUUAAAAGCACUACUUCAACUGAUUUGCAAAGGGAAGGUAAUCAAUCCCUUUCUGAUUUAAGUAUUACAUCCUUGGUUGAUACAUUGCGUGCUACUAUUAAUAAUCAACCUUUGGAUCCACACAAAGAUAUAAGGAAACUACUUAGGUCUACACAUUCUUAUAUCCUUCACCGGCCAGAGGAUGAAAAUGCAGUAAUAGAAUUAUUGUUGGAACCCUUGGUGAAUGUUGGUAUUAUUCCAAUUGUUGGUGAUGCUGGAUGCGGUAAAUCUAUUCUUGCUAAACUUGUGUAUGAUAACCAAAGGGUUAAAGACCACUUUGAUUUGAUAAUGUGGGUUUCGUUUUCUGAUUCUUAUCCCAACGUACUGAAGUUUUCACAACGUCUCAUUGAUUCUGUUUCUAACAGUCUACCAAAAAAUCAGGAGAAAAAAUUUAGAAAGAAACUAAAAGGGGUAAGAAAAGCAUCGGCAACUUCCGAAUUUAAUAAUCUUCAAACAAUACUCGGAGAGUUGCUUUCUAAGAGAAAAUUUCUGCUUGUUUUAGAUGGCGUGUCAACUGAAUUUUGUUGUGAUUGGAAUGUGUUAAGGAUGUCUCUAUCCGCGGGGGUAAACUCAAGUAAAAUUUUACUUACUACUCGGAGCUCCAAAGUUGCUUCACUGUUGGGGACAGUCCAACCCUACUAUCCAUUACCUCUGAGUUACAAAGACUGUUGCUCCUUGUUUAACUAUUUUGCAAAUGGGUAUACCAGAGAUGGCACCACUGCUUCUCUUCCUCCUCCUAUGGAACUAUUACACCGUUUUCAGGAUAUGGUGAGGUUGUUUAAAGGUUUUCCCUCUGUAGUAGCAGGAGCUGGUAUUCUAGUAGCAGCUUGUAUGGAAGAUACAGUCAAGCUUCAGAUAUUAGAGGCCAUGCGGUCAAAUGAACUUUUAACUGUUCCAUUUACUCCAGAUCUGUUGUGGGCUUAUCAUGGUUUGUCGUCCACGCAUCUGAAGCAGUGCUUUGCAUACUGUGCGUUGUUCCCUAAACUGCACUUGUUUGAGAGGCGCAAACUCAUAUUGUUAUGGAUGGCAGAAGGUUUCCUUAGACCUAAAGAUGGGAUGAGGAUGGAAGAUGUAGGAUUUGUCUACUUUGCAGAACUUCUUGAUAAAUCUUUCUUGCAAUCUAAGGAGCACAACUUUGGUGAGUCAUUUUACUGCAUGCCCGAGCAUGUUUAUAGUUUGGCGGAAUAUAUUUUAUUCUCUGGUGAUGGAUAUAUUAAGUUGAGCACAAACAAUAAGAGAGCAUCAGCGCCAUCCAAUGUCUCCGAAUAUGCUCGAUAUUCUUCAUUUUGGCAUGUGACUGUGAAUCAGCAAAUAGUUGGGGUUGAGGCUAUCUACAAGAGCAUGGGGUUAAACACGCUUCUACUGUUUAACACUCGUAUUGGGGAGUUUCUCGCAAUCUAUUUCUAAACUUGACCCGGGUACGUGUUUUGGACUUAUGUAAUGCUGGUCUUUCAGAAUUGCCCGAUUCCAUCUGCAACAUGACACAUUUGAGGUUCCUUGAUCUUUCUAAGAAUGACAUUAACCAAUUACCUGCAAAGCUGAGUAUGCUUCGCAACCUCCAAACAUUGAUAAUUGAUAGCAAUGUGAAGGUGUUACAGUUCCCCGCAGGCAUGGAGAAAGUACCUAACCUCCGUCAUCUGGAUUUGGGCAGUCGUCAACCAUUUGUGAGGCCACCAGGGAUUGAACAACUGACUAACCUUCAAACACUGCGGACAAUUGCUGUGGUUGGGUAUUAUCGUGAUGAAGUUUGGAGGACUGGAGUACUGAGAGAGUUGGUGAACCUUCAGGAAUUGCGGGUUACCAUCAAGCUUGGAAAUCUGGAUGCCAAGGAAAAAGAGACUAAUAAUCAAGGCAUUCUUAUGAAUAUGAAAAAUCUCCGGAAGCUGGAGCUCUUCUGGCAUCCAAUGAAAAUCGAAAAUGCAGAUAACUUACUUGCAAGUUUCAAGCCUCCCACAAAUGUGAAACAUCUGGUGCUAGAUUCUUGUGGUGGAAUCCAGUUCCCAGAUUGGCUGGGCAAUCCUUCUCAAAUCUUGAGAUUGUCGUGGUGUGUGGACGCUAUUCUUGUGAGUUCCUUCUCUUGGACAACUUUCAUUUCUUAAAUAUCUUCGGUUAGAAGAAAUGAAUACGCUCAAAUAUAUCAACAGUCGAUUUUGUGGCGACAGUUUGGCUAAUGAGAGGUUUCCAUCACUGAAAACCUUAGAACUUGUAUCAUUGUCUCACCUGGAGAGCUGGACUGAUUUGCAUGAUGGUGACAUGCCUCUUCUCCAAGAACUACAUAUUGUUGGUUGUCAAAUGCUAAGCUCUCUCCCAACUCUCAAAUUUCUUGGUUCUCUCCAAAAGUUGCACAUUGAGUAUUGUCAGAAGCUUCAAGCCUUUCCAGAUGAAAAACCACCCAUUACACUUAAUUAUCUUGCGUUUAAACUGCCCCUUAUUGCUCGAAUCAUGCAAGGAUGAGAAGUAUAAAGAUUGGGGAAAGAUGCUCAAGACUGCCGAAGAAAUGGAACAUCUCCAAUGAGCUGAUAAAGUUUCAUACCAUCAGUGGUGUAAUCAGAAAGGCCGGAUACACUUGAAAGUUGUGAAAUCCGCAGCGGAGGGUAUUUUUUCUGCCAAUGUCGACACUCUCAGCUUCUCUCUCUCUUGGACUUGUUUGCCGUUUCAAAUUUGACUCCCAAUUCCCUUAGGGACCAUAUUAUCGACUCUCUUUUCUUUCUUCUUUUAUUGGCCAAGACUUUCUAUAAAUUCCUCUUUGCUUUCGGAAGAUAUUGUAAUUUACUUCAUCCAAUUUUCAUCUUUAUAAUGGUACGACUCAUCGGCAUGAGACAUUAGACAUCUUAUCUGUAUUUUAUGUUUUUGUUUGUCAGUGUAGAUGUGAUUUGCUCA